CCGCCGGCGCGCUCCGUGCUGCGGCAUGUGCGGCUGGAGAACCUGGCGGCGGGAAUGAGCGGCGGCGUCCUGUCCACCCUGGCGCUGCACCCGCUGGACCUCGUCAAGAUCCGCUUCGCAGUAAGUGAUGGAUUGGAGCUGAGGCCAAAGUACAAUGGGAUUCUCCACUGCAUGAGCACUGUCUGGAAGCAUGAAGGACUACGAGGCUUGUAUCAAGGGGUAACUCCAAACAUGGUGGGAGCAGGGGCUUCCUGGGGACUUUACUUUUUCUUUUACAAUGCUAUCAAAGCUUACAAGAAGGAAGGGAAGAUGGAAAGUCUCAGUGCGAGUGAGCACCUGGUGUCAGCUGCAGAGGCUGGAGCCAUGACUCUCUGCAUUACAAACCCAAUAUGGGUGACCAAGACUCGCCUUGUGCUGCAGUACAACGCUGGCGUGGAUCCAUCCAAGCGGCAGUACAGAGGAAUGCUUGAUGCUCUUGUGAAGAUAUACAAGACAGAGGGCGUACGUGGCUUAUACAAGGGAUUUGUGCCUGGUCUGUUUGGAACAUCUCAUGGAGCACUUCAGUUCAUGGCCUAUGAGGAUUUGAAAGAGAGAUACAACAAGUAUAGAAACAGAGUAUCAGAUACAAAAUUGAACACUGUGGAAUACAUAAUGAUGGCAGCUGUAUCCAAAAUAUUUGCUGUGGCAGCAACAUAUCCCUAUCAAGUUGUGCGAGCUCGCCUUCAAGACCAGCAUAACACAUAUUCUGGGGUGUUUGAUGUGAUCCGCAGGACAUGGAGGAAAGAAGGUGUUCAUGGAUUUUACAAAGGAAUUAUACCUAAUGUGAUCAGAGUGACUCCUGCCUGCUGUAUUACCUUUGUAGUUUAUGAAAAUGUGUCUGGCUUUUUACUUGGUUUUAGAAAAGAAAAUAAUUAAAGGUAUGAACUUGUGUUCCUAGGAAGGAAUCUAUCCUUUAUUUUUUAUAUUUAUGAUCUGGGAGAAAUUUAGUUCAGCAGUCUUCUUUGACACUGUGAAUUGAUCUGGUAUUUUGAGGAAAGAAUGUAGAGACAAUAAACCCUGCCAACAUCUCUCCUGUUCAAUAUUCCUGCAUUGCUGCCUUCCUCUCUGAAUCAGCUGCGUCUGCUUGAAGCAGAUGUCUGCAACUGUGAAAUAAUAGUGCUGUGACUGGGUGAAGGCAGCUGCACAGCAAUUCCAUUCAUCCUGGCCUGCCUGGAAUAACCCACUAAGCAGUUUCAACAAGUCUCAAGAUAACAGUUGGUGAGAUUCUGCUCCUGCACAACUGGAAAACUUCACAUGAAAGCAGCCCUGGAGCCUGUCAAAACUUUCUUAAAUCUUUGAGUCUCAUUAAACAAGGAAUGUCGUCUGAA